UCCGCUCUACAGUGCUGUGGCCGAGUCCUCGCCGUCUGGAAAGCACCCAGUCAGCGACCAAUCAUGGACGCCUCUCCUCUCCAGCCUCAGGUUCCGAGGGCGAUCGAGGCGACGGAAGACUACAGAUUGGUGCCGUCUGUGGUGCUGACUGGACACGGGAGGAUGAAGAGAAUAAAGGUUGUGAAUAUGCCGCUGCCACACGCCCUGAAAGACGACCACGUCGAGGUGGAGGUUUUCUACUGCGGCCUUAAUUUUACGGAUAAUUACCUGAGACUGGGCAUCAUCAGAAGCGAGGCCUUUCCAAUCGUCAUGGGAAGCGAGUGUUGCGGGGUAGUCAGGCGAGUGGGAGCUGGAGUGGACGAUCUCGAGGCGGGCCGCAAGGUGCUGUGCCUGUGGAUGCAGGGCGGGCUGUUCCGGCGCGUGGUGCAGGUGCCGCGCGGCCGCUGCUUCGCGCUGCCCGCCAGCGCCACGCUCAGGCACGCCGCCGCGCUCGGCCUCGACUGCCUCGUCGCCUACCUCUGCCUGUUCGACCUGGGCAGGCUGCGCAAGGCGGGCGUCGUCUUCAUGCAGUCUCUCGCAGGUGGCGUGGGCACGGCCGUGGCGCAGGUGGCUCGGACGGUGCCGCUGGUCACGGUGCUGGGGACGGCCUCGGAGUCCAAGCACGACAAGCUGUGGCGCCUGGGGGUGAACGGCGUGUACCGCCACGAGGAGGACUACGUGGAGCGCAUCCUGAGCCUCUACCCUGAGGGCGUCGAUGUCGCCAUCGUCCGGAGUGGAGGGGCGGAUACCGAAAAAUUCCUGAGGCUGCUCAAGCCUUGCGGAAGACUGAUCACUAUCGGCUCGGACAGUACGGCUACAUACCCAAGAACUAUUACGAUGACACUGCAGAGACCAACUUGGGACACAAAAUACGUGUCUUCCGCUGAGUUAGUGAACAAGAAUGUUAUCGUCGCUGGUCUGAACGUUGGAGAUAUGAUUAAGAAUCAUUCAUACGAUGUACAAAUAAUGCUGGACAAUGUAUUUGACCUAUAUUUCCAGGAGAAGAUAAAACCUCAAAUUCAUUCCGUUUUACCAUUUGAGAAGAUGACGGACGGCCUCGAGCUGCUGUGCAGAAGGGAGAACUUCGGGAAGGUCCUGCUGGUCGUCCAGGACGAGUUGGACCACCCGGUGGCGUUCGGCUGGCGGGUGCCCAGUCCCCCGAAACCUAUCCCCGGCGCCGUGACGUGGGACCGACUCCAGCGGAGGGUCGAGGCGAAAGUAAUCUGCAAGAGGAAGCUGAAGUACUGGGCGAGGCAAGCGGAGACGGCAGCCGCUGGGGCGCUGGAGGAGACUGAGGAAGAGAAUGCUGGCGAUAAAGACGACGACGAUGACGACGACGACGACUCUAUGUUCACGGAGCUGGAGGCGAGUGUGGCCGCAGAAAUGGUUAAAGCGAUCAGCGAGUCUGAAGCUGAAGGGAACGCGAGUUUCUGAAAUUUGUCUCUUCCAGUAGAGCCUUUCGCGAAAUCGUCCAGAGAUCUCCGGAAUAUUUUAUUUUACGACAUUAGUACGUCUUUUAUUGUUGGAUAAGGAGACAAUACAAAUGUACCUUAAGCAUCUCUGCCAAAUG